AAAGCCUACCAUAUUAUGCAUAAAAGGAAGCCUUUCUUGUCUUGUGCUAAAGAAAGGAGAACCAAUUUUCCCAUACUGGAAAGGCAAACUGAACUUGACAAGGCAGUUGCUUGAACCAUUUCUCAAGUCAUCUCCUUACCUAUCAUAACAGAAGAUCUGAAAGGUAUGGUCUCAGAAUCUGAGUUCCAAUUCCGAGGAAAUGGAGAGGGUAAGAAGAGACUGGCUGUUCUGGUGAGCUACAAUUACCCCAACACCAAGGACGAGUUGCAUGGAUGCAUCAAUGACGUGCUGGCCAUUUGCUUUUGCCAAAUACUUGAGAGCACCAUAACCCGUGAGAAGUUUGAAGAUCUCUGUGAAGAUCUUUGGGAGAAAUCUCUUACACCUGUGAAAGAAGUUCUCAAGUAUUCUGGUUUGGAAGUGGAUGACAUAUAUGCAGUGGAGUUGAUUGGAGGAGCAACUAGGGUACCGAAGUUGCAGGUUAAGCUCCAGGAAUCUCUUGGAAAAAAAGAGCUGCACAAACACCUGGAUGCUGAUGAAGCAAUUGUUCUUGGUGCAGCCCUUCAUGCUGCAAGCGAUGGAAUCAAAUUGAAUCGUAAGCUAGGAAUGACAGAUGGUUCUUCGUAUGGAUUCGUUAUUGAAUUAGAUGGACCUGAUCUUUCGAAAAACGAUAGCAACAAGCAGUUACUUGUUCCACGGAUGAAGAAACUCCCCAGUAAGAUGUUCAGGACCAUCAUCCAUAACAAAGAUUUUGGAGUUUCACUUGCCUAUGAAAGUGAAGAUCUUUUACCACCUGGUCUUUUGUCCCCUGUGUUUGCUCAGUAUGUUGUGUCUGGUUUGGCAGAAGCAUCUGAGAAGUAUUCAUCUCGCAAUUUAUCUGCACCUAUCAAAACAAACCUACACUUUUCACUUAGUAGAAGUGGAAUCAUUUAUUUAGAUCGAGCAAAUGCUGUUAUUGAAAUAUCAGAGUGGGUGGAAGUUCUUAGAAAGAAUAUAUCUGUAGAGAAUGCAACUACUGCUUCAUCUAACAUAUCUGCUGAAGUUGGUGCCGAAAAGGCAUCAGAAGAAAAUAAAGAAGGCUUAAAUUCUGAUAGUGUAGUGAGCAGUGCUUUUAAUAUUAACACUAACACUACUGUUGAAGAACCAAUCACAGUUGAUCUUGGUACAGAGAAAAGGCUGAAGAAAAAAACAUUUAGAGUGCCACUGAAGAUGGUGGAGAAAACAGCAGGACCUGGAAUGUCUCUAUCAAAAGAGUCUCUUGCUGAAGCCAAAGGUAAAUUGGAUGUCCUGGACAAGAAGGAUGCCAAACGGAGAAAAACUGCAGAGUUAAAAAAUAAUCUUGAAAGCUAUAUCUAUGCUACAAAAGAAAAGGUACAUAUUUGUUGAGUUUUACCUGUUAAUGUUAUUCAUAUAUGGAAGUUUUGAAUCAUUUGAGUUAAUGGGUUUUGUCUUUUACCCUUUUUUUUUUUUUUGGUUUCAUUUAUUUAGUUUUUGUAUUGUAUUAGAUUGGUAUAUCUUUUUCAAAUGUUUAUUAUUUUAUUUUUAAUAAUUCUUGUUGAUUAUU